AUGAAGACAUCUCCGAAGUUCAUUCUCUACCUGACAUGUUUCUUCUUGGGGAAAAUGGGUGAGUUGUUUCAGAUGCAUCAUUUUAUCUUGUCUCCUCAAGUCAGUGGAUUCAUAUCAGCUGAUGUUGGAGACAACUUGACUUUGAAGUGUUUCUAUGAGGGGGAUGACAAAAACAUUUAUUGGUACAAACAGACACUAGGACAGAAACCUCGAAUUAUCUCAAAGACGUAUAGAAUUUUAAAAAUUAUUUGGUUACCGGAUGAAUUCAUGGACAAUCCACGCUUCAUUGUGAAAUCUAUUGGUAUAACGAGUCAACUAAAUAUCUCAGAUCUGAAUCUGUCAGACUCAGCUACUUACUACUGUUUAAAAGAUACAAGAUAUGUGAAUGAUUUUACUGAGGGCGUCACUGUCAGUGUGAAAGGUUCAGGGUCUAACAUCCAGGCUGUGGUGCAUCAGUCUGAGAGCAUCCAGACAGGAGGCUCUUCUGAGAGCAUCCAGCCAGGAGGCUCUGUGACUCUCAGCUGUACAGUUCACACUGGGACCUGUGAUGGAGAACACAGUGUUUACUGGGUCAAGAACUCUGAAGAACCUCAGCCAGGACUCAUUUACACCCACGGAGACAGGAACGAUCAGUGUGAGAGGAAACCCGACACACAGACACACACCUGUUUCUACAACUUGUCAAUGGAGAGACUGAACCGUUCUCAUGCUGGGACCUACUACUGUGCUGUCGCUGCAUGUGGACACAUUGUGUUUGGAGACGGGACCAAGCUGGAGUUUCAUGAUGAGGUGGACUGGCUGGUGGUUUUCUUGAGUGUGACUUCAGCAAUCACCACCCUGCUGAGCGUUCUACUGGCUUUCUCAAUAUGCAUGAUGAGGGUUACAGAUCCCCAUGCUCCAUCCUCCAAAAUAAAUGCAAAGGAUGAGCAGAAUGAAGACGACUCCUGCUACAUUGCUCACAGGGAGAUACAGAUGAACAGAUCCAGAGGACAGAGGGAUGAUACCUGGAGUGAAUGUGUGUACUUGAGUGUGAGGCAGUAGAGCUGGAC